GCAUAAAUAAAUUCUUGGAUUGUUUGAAUACGUGUGCAGAGCUCCGCCAUGGCCAAGGCCGUGAAGACCUCAUCUCACAUCUCUAGCAGGCUGCGGUGCCCACAGGGCAGCGGGCUAGAGAGCCUGGCACCCCUCGUGACCUCUGUGGAGGAAACACCCAACCCCAUCCCCACAACAGUCAGUGGCAACAUUCCCUCAUGGAUCAACGGAAGCUUCCUCAGGAAUGGCCCUGCAAAGUUUGAAUUUGGAAAUGACAGGUAUGUGCACUGGUUUGACGGCAUGGCCAUGAUGCACAGGUUUCAUAUAAGCGAUGGGAAUGUCACGUACAGCAGCCGCUUCCUCAGGAGUGACUCAUAUGUCCAGAACUCAGAAAAGAACCGCAUCGUGGUGUCUGAGUUUGGGACGCUGGCGAUGCCUGACCCAUGCAAAAACAUCUUUGCUCGCUUCUUUUCACGUUUCCAGAUUCCAAAGGCUACAGAUAACGCCAGUGUGAACUUUGUCAAGUACAAGGGAGACUAUUAUGUCAGCACAGAAACCAACUACAUGAGACGGAUAGACCCACAAAGUCUGGAGACAAAGGAGAAGGUGGAUUGGAGUUCGUUUAUUGCAGUCAACUCUGCCACAGCCCAUCCCCACUAUGACCAAGAGGGGGCCUCAUAUAACAUGGGCAACUCCUAUGGCAAACAAGGCUUUUUCUACAACAUCAUUCGAGUGCUUCCUCCUGAUGAGACAGCAGCAAAGACAGACUGUGCAGACCUGAACGGGGCCAAAGUAAUCUGCUCCAUCCCUGCUGCUGAACCCAGGAAACCGUCCUAUUACCACAGCUUUGUCAUGUCUGAGAAUUACAUUGUGUUUGUGGAGCAGCCAAUCAAACUGGAUCUGCUUAAGUUCAUGUUGUACCGGAUUCAGGGCAAAAGCUUCCAUAAAGUCAUGACCUGGGAGCCCAAAUACAACACUGUCUUCCAUCUGGUCAACAGACAUACAGGCAAGAGAAGUGAAGUGAGAUACCAGUGCGCUCCUAUGUUCACCCUGCAUCAGAUCAAUGCAUAUGAAGACGAUGGGUUUUUGGUGAUGGACAUGUGCUGUGGGGAUGAUGGAGAGUUGAUUGGAGAUUUUACACUGGAGAAUAUUAAAAGAAAAUCCGGAGAGGAAAUGGAUAAGUUUUACAAUAGCUUAUGCAGAAACCUUCCAAGGAGAUAUGUCUUACCCCUGAAUGUGGAUGAACAGGCACCACUGGACCAAAAUCUUGUCAAUCUCAGCAGUUACACAGCCACAGCUGUUAAGACCAAGUCCAAUGAGGUGUUUUUGACCCACGAGGAGCUGCAUGAUGACACACUGCUUCAGUAUGGGGGCCUGGAGUUCCCUCACAUCAACUACGCUCAGUGCAACGGCCGGCCCUAUCGCUACUUCUACUCCUGUGGCUUUGGACAUGUCUUCAGUGACUCCCUCCUCAAGAUGGAUGUCCACACAAAGGAACUAAAGGUGUGGCGUUAUCCUGGCUUGUACCCGUCUGAGCCUGUCUUUGUAGCUUCGCCCAAGGCUACUGAAGAGGAUGAUGGAGUGGUCUUGUCUGUCAUCAUCACUCCCAGAAAAGAGAAAAGUACUUUUCUGUUGGUUCUGGAUGCCAAGACCUUCACAGAGCUGGGCAGGGCUGAGGUACCCGUCAAUAUUCCAUAUGGGACCCAUGGCGUGUUUAACGAGAUGGGCUAGACACGUGCCUGUCUCCAGCAAAUGUCCAAAAUAGAUUCACUGUAUCUCUGCUGAUAUCACUCGCUCUAAACAUCUUAUACUGUAAAUAAAAGAACUCAGUGAUGUCCUGAUUUGUCCUGCCAUUACGGUUAGAAAGAUGACAAUCUGACAAGACGGGAAGUCCAAAGUGGCCUCUGAAAACUGAUAAACUUUGUCCUCUGUACGUUCUUACCGCACUUCAGUCCUGAGUGGAAUUUUCCAAAUAUGGGGCUUUUUGUGAAAAUAUAUAAUAAAAAUAGUCAAUACAACAUUAAAAAAAUAUCCAUUUCCCUGUUUCUGUCUAAAGCCUAAAGUGUUUUAGCACCAUCAAUCCAGACGAAAUGCUAUAUUCCCAGUGAGAACAGACAGCACUUAGGAUACAUAAAAAUGCAUCACAGGAAAUUCAAUUUCUGUCAAAGUAAUGUGAUAGAAAUGGACAAUGGCUGAAAUGCCUGGAAAACAAAUAGAUCUCACUGGUCAAUCGUCUCCACACAGUCUAGUAGAGGUCACAUCAGAAUAUUAUUGUAGUUUAUUUGCUCCAAACAAACCAAAGCAAUGUUGAUACACACACUCAAAUGCACAGGGAAGUGUAGUUAUCCGCCGCAGUUACCACAACACUAACGAAACUGUCAAAUCAGAGGUUUUGCACUGAAUAUAAAGUAUCUUAACGAAACACUUUUCAGUCUACGGCAUUUGUAACUGACUGUUAGCUGAUUCCUAUCUCACUUUGCUCUCCUGUAAUUGAUUGAGUUAUACACACUAAACAAAAUAUACACCUACUUUAUAGAUUCAAACUGUUUUUUAUCUCAGUAAUUUCCAGCAGAAUGGCUCUAUCCAGCCUGCUCCCUGUACACCUUAGUCGAUGGUCUCCCUGGACACUCAUUAAUUAUCCCAUAACUGCUCAUGUAAUCUGUAUGAUCAGGUUCACUGGCACUGCCUCCAAAGGCCAUGGCAGACUGGAAGACAUAUACUGACCUCUGACCUUAGAUACAGCUUGAUUUUUGAGCUGAGUGAGACUAGUCGAGAAAAGCAACUCCAGUUUAAUCAAAUGCGUGAUGAAGAUACAAAGAUCAAUGCAUUUUUCAAGGUGUUACUUUUGAUAGUGAACAUUUAUUGCUUUUGCGUUCACCAAGAUAACAUUUAGGCUUUAUGUUACCUGCGGUUUAUAGUUGGAUUUCACCCCCAAGAGAAACCAUCAAAGCCUCUCCUCCUUGACGGCAUGCCAUAUUAUUUUAUGUAUUAUUAAUAUGUAAUGGUACUAUCUAUGUUAUCAUGUUAUCAGACUCACUCAAACACAGACCUUAUUUUUAUCACCAUGUUGAGUAUGUUCACAUUCAGGCUGGCUUCUUUUUCCAUAGUUAUAGAGACAGAUAGUGUUCCUCCUGUGUUUUGCAAAAUAAAUUAAAUCAAAUUCAUAAACAAGGCCUGUCUGUUGAAAUAGUAAUGCCACAUACUUUUUUCAAUAGACACAAGGAUAAACCUUCUCUAAUUCCCUGUGUGUUACUGUCAAUCGCUGAGCACAUCUAAGCAAUUAUGUUUCACCAUGACGUAACCAGGUAACC